AUGGAUGCUCUUUCUAACUUUGACAGAUAUGUUAGAGCUUCCUAUCGAGUAGAAAAUAUGAAGUCUGAACUAGAUUUAUAUUUGGAGGAGAACUUGGUACCUAGGACUGAAGAGUCAUUUGAUAUAUGCAAUUAUUGGAAGGUGACGGGCCUCAAAUACCCUUUGUUGAGUAUGAUUGCUAAGGAUGUGUUUGCUGUGCCUGUUAGCACUGUUGCAUCAGAAUCUUCAUUCAGCACUGGUGGUAGACACGUGAGUCCUCAUCGAUCGAGACUUCAUCCUUCUACAUUAGAAGCAUUAGUAUGCACACAGAAUUGGUUGAUGACUGACAAAAAAGUAACAAUAAAUGAUGAAGAUGUUGAUGUUGAUCCAACAAUGGAGCCUUACGUUGUUGAUCUUGAUGAUUAG